CCUUUCUCUUUGAGGAAGACGUGGUUGCAGUACCGCACCUCCGUCCCGCCCGCUCCUGACUCACCGCUGUUCGCUCUCGCCGAGGAACAAGUCGGUCAGGAAGCCGCGCCGCAGCCAUGGUGAGGCGGAGGGCGGCGCCGCGCGGUGGUGGCGGUCGCGGGACUCGGGCCCGCGCCUCGCUCGCUCCUGGGGACGGAUGCCGGGCUGGGGGGAGGCGGCGUUUAAAGACACCGGGAAGACGCCCGUGGAGCCGGAGGUGGCGAUUCACCGCAUCAGAAUCACGCUGACCAGCCGCAACGUCAAGUCCCUGGAGAAGGUGUGUGCGGACUUGAUCAGGGGCGCCAAGGAGAAGAAUCUCAAGGUGAAGGGGCCCGUGCGGAUGCCGACCAAGACGCUGAGAAUCACCACAAGGAAGACGCCCUGCGGGGAGGGGUCCAAGACCUGGGACCGGUUCCAGAUGCGGAUCCACAAGCGGCUCAUCGACCUGCACAGCCCCUCCGAGAUCGUCAAGCAGAUCACGUCCAUCAGCAUUGAGCCGGGGGUGGAGGUCGAGGUCACCAUUGCAGAUGCGUAAAUCAGGCUUUGUAAUAAAUUGGCUAUUCGUUGUUUAA